ACGAGAACGGCCGCACAUUGCUAUCUGUUGCGCAACAACUUAUUUCCAAAAAAGCUUUAAUUCUCUGUAUCACACAACAUAUCGUUCGAAGCGAUUCAUUCACAUCGUUGUGUGAGUUGCUCGUGUGAAAAUUUUCCCUUCCGAAUUUGUGAAAUACAAUCGGUCUCAGAGCAACGCUAAGCGUUUUGUUAAUUGCCAAUCCGUUGUUGCUUAGUUCAUUUUUUUUCUUUCAUUUUAUUUGCCAUUGUGUUGUGUUCUUAGCACUAUUUGAAAGUGCUUUUGAUGAUUUGUUCCGCAUUUUUCUAGCAAAGACGCGUUCAACCGAAAUAGAAUUUGUGACAGCAUUACAUUUCACACGCGUUUAAUAGUUGUUAUUCACAUACACAUAUCACCAUCAUCCACUUGAAAAUAGAAAAGGAUUUUAUGAGUAAUUAAAACAAUAAAAGAAGAAAAAAAAACUUUGUGUUACGAACAAAAAGUGAAAAAGUGGCAAAAACACCGUCGUCUGUCUAUAGAACAAAACGAAAGGUGAACAAUUGCAUGCGUUUCGAAAAGAUAAGUAGAGUUAUGGAAUUUUAAGUUGAAAAAAGAAAGCGAGAGCUAAACAGCAGAUAAACAACACCCAAAUUUACUUUUAAACAUUCCUUUGGGGCUUUUAUUUCGUUAUUCGCAACGGAAAUUAGAAUAUUCAUUUUGUCUGUUUAAACUAAUCGUUUAAGCAACCCAUAACCAUUUCAAACGCGUAUAAUAGUAUACAUUUGAUCGCAGCAAAUAUAAAUGUUGCGAUAAAGAACUCACCGUGUUAUCAAAAAACAUAAUUGUGUGACAAAGUGACUUUCAAAGUGAAUUUGAACAUUCACCGAAUUAAAAUGAUUAAAAAGAAAAUUUAAAACUGUCCAUUCGUUAAAAAGUUAUUUUCCCUGGCCGGAUCGAAAAGCAAUUUAAAUCACUGUUCAAACGGGUAAAAAAUAAAUUGCCGUGAAUAUCUGGCUUUUGAACGAAUGCAAACCAACAAUCGCAUUGUUUUUUUUUCUUCUGCGAAACGCGAAACUUUUUGACUCAAACACCGUGAAAAGAAACUUUUAUACCGCAUUGAACUUAAAACUUUCUUGAUACUUGUGCGUCGAGAUAGAGAGUACAGUAUACGAAUUGCCAAACGAAUCUAAGAAAUUCAGAUAAUUGCCGCACAAGAUGUUUUGGAUCCUAAGACGAACAGGUGCAGCCAACUUCUUUACGUCGAUCGGCAAUAACAAUUAUUCGUCGAAGUCACAUGCCAACAACAACAACAGCUAUGACAAAAAUGGUCAACGUCCACCGCGAAAAGCGUACGGCCGUCUCAGUGUUGAUUCCGAUGAAAACUGUAAUCGAACGACGAAUUCAUCGAACCGAAGCCAAAAAUACAACAAUCCAUUCGAUGAGCUAGACAAUUUUGAUAUUCUCGAUGAUUCGGCCAAAUGUUCGCCCAACGACAAUUGCAGCAAUUCAACGAAAACCGUACAAGAACAUAAUGACAACGAGUCGGACAUUGAAUUGGAUACAGCAUCGUCGAAAAGCAACAACAACGAACGUCACGAGAGCACAAUUAACCGAUUACAGGCAAUGGUCAUAUCCGAUGACGAUGAUUAUGAUGAAUCGCUGACUUGUAAUGUUUGCGAUCGGGCAUUUCAUUGUCAUCGUCAACUAGCGUCGCAUCAGCAGAAGAAACGGCAUUUCGGUUGCAACGGUUGUGACACUUUAUUUCCAAGUCUUAUGCUGUUAGAACAUCACAAAGAGGAAUAUGAACAUUGGAGCGAUGAAGAUGACGACGAUAGACUACCACCAUGUUGUCGACGCAAUCGAGACGAAUACACUGACACCGAUUCAUUUACAAGCGAAGCUGAAAGCGAGGAUCUUGAACGACUAUUGUAAGUCACCCGAAUGAAAAAUGCAUUCACAAAGCUCAAACAAAUAAGCAAAAAGGGAGGAAAACAUGAACAAAUAAAAAAUAAAACAUAUCCAUUCGAUCCAGCAUCAAUUGAGAUUGUUGUACAUAAAAAAAAUGAUGAAAUUCUGGGAUGAAAAUUAUAUACACUCAAUAAUAAACAAGCAGCAAACGAAAAAAAAAACCCACAUACUUUGAAUAUAGCAUUGCAUGCAACACUCACCAUAGAAGUGUAAUGUCAAUCAUCAUGACUGAGAGAUGUCAAAUUGUAAAAACGCCAUCUGGUGACGUGUGCGAAUUGUGGUUGAAAACAACCGAUAUGAAAAUUUAGUCAAGACCCCAUCUAACAAUUCUGUCUUUGUAAUUACACACAUUGAUAAUCACGUCAACAGAUGGCGCAUUAUUGUGCGACUUUUUUCUCGCCUAUAUUUAUAUACAGGGACUCAUGGUGGUUGUGUAAUGUGUAUUUUCACAAUUCCCUGCAAUGAAGGUUUUUAAUUUUUGUCAAACGAAUUACAUUUUCAUGUAAAGAUGUUUACACAUUAUUUGUAUGACAAUCUUUUUAUUAUCCUGAUUUUAAUUCAAUAACAUGCGCUUCGCGUAUAUGAGUGAAUAUGAUUUUUUGUAUUAAAUGCAUAGCAAAUAUAUAUAAAAAAAAAGAGAAUUUUUAUUUUUCUAUCCAAAGAAAAAAAAACACACACGCAUACACACUCAUUACGAACGCAACAUGCAAUCAAUAAAAUCAACUCCUCUAAUUCCAUGAAAUUACUGAAAUGCACAACACAAUAAGAACGAAUGCAUAGUGCAUAAUAUUCUAAGCUCAGAAGGGGAUUUAAAUUUAAAAUAUAUUGAUGAUGAUAACGAUGAUGACUUUUGAAUGUUCAUUUUAUUCGUAAAUUGAUAAGAUUAACCUUUUUCAUUCGCCGGCCAUAGUUUGAGAUGUCAUGUAAUCUUAUCUCAGAUGAUAUAACGGUAAAAACCAACAGUAAAUUUAAAAAAAAUGCAUAAUGUAGAAGAUUUAAUGUCUUUUUUCCCCAAUGUAGCAUCAAAUUGCACGAAUUUAAAUGUAAACAUAUAAACUUAGUGCUGAAAUGCCUAAUGUACUCAUCACUCUGCAAACAUUUCGUUUCCGUUCAACUUGAAAAGAAAAAACGGAUGCUAACAUAUCUUUGUGUAACAAGUUAAUUUCAGUUAGUUUGUGUUAAGUUAGAUUCUUGAUUUAAUUUAUUUGAAUGGAGAACGACAAAUAAACAAAACAAAUACAAAAAAAAAAACAUUUGGUCCUUAGUUCCAGUGCUAUUAGAAACCAUAAAAAUUUAGUUAGUAAGAUUAAUAACAAUUUUUAAGGAAAACUACAAUGAAAAUAUGUGUACAACAUGAAACCAAUAUUCACUAAUCAUGUGUAUUUAAAUGAAUGCCAAAACAUUUUUCGAAAAUGUUUUUUCCCGACGAACGUUUUCUCGGGAAUUUUUCUUGAAUUUUCGGCAAAACGUUUGUUCGAAAAUAUUCUGGCAUUCAUUUAAAUUGUUCAUUUAGAAAGAUAUCCAAUGAUGAUUACUAAUAACAGCAUUCUCAGUUGAUAUUGUUGUCAUUUUGAAGUUUAUGUUGAUAACGACUAUUCUACUGUCCAUGUGAAUCAACACUGAAAAUAAUAAUCGAAACAAGUGUUUUCUUUCAGCAUUUUCACUUCAUUGUUGCUCAAGCAAAUCUUUAAAAUAUAUGUAUAUGAAUGUUGAUUUUAUAUGUAUGUCUUCUUUUGUACUAAUUUAAUGAUAUGGACUCGUACAUAUAAUGAUUUGUUUUUGUCACACAUAAAAAUUUAAUAUUCCAUCGAAUGCAGUUACAUUUUUAUUUGCACAAUUGCAAAAUGACACAUUUUAAACAAUGCUGGAAAAUUGUAAACAAUGCGAAUAAGGGUAAGAUAUAAAGAAGACGACAAAUUUGAACGAAAAACAAUGGCAUCUAAAAAAAAUAUGUGUAAAGAUAAUGACGAAUUGGAAUGAAAAUGUGAAGGCUGAAGAAUAUGAGCUAAAAAGAACCAACAAAAGAAGCAGGAUUAUACAGUAUAACAGAUAUUAUACCAAAUCAUGAUAUUUAUUUUAAGAUUCGAUUAACUGAUUCAUCGUCUGAGAAUGUUGUUAUUUAAAUAUAUAUAUGAAAUGAAGAAUAUUAAUUUUUAAAUAGAAAAAAGUGGGAAACUUAACUUAAAAACAAAACCAAAAAAAAAUAACAGCAUUGUACUGUAUUUAUUACAGAGAAAAACCAAAAAUUAUU